AUGAAGCAAGGUGAAAGAGACUUGGUUGAAGGAAUGUGUUUGUUGAAGAGGCAUUUGCAAGGUGAGGGUUCAUGGAAAAAGAAUCAACAAAAGAAAAGAGAAGAAAAAGAGAGGAAGAGGAAAGAGGAAAAGAUGAGGCAAAUAGAGUUUGAGAAGGAGAUAAGAGAAAUAAGGCAAGUUGUGGAACAAAUGAGAAAAAACAUGGAAGAAUUGGACAAAAUAAUUGAGAUGCGGCAACAAAGUUGGCACUUGACAAUAAAGAAGAGGGUAUCGUCGCCAAUUAAGAAGAUUGUUCAAAGAAGAAAACAAGCAAGGACAACAGUCGGUGAUGAUGAUGAAGAUUUAUGGACAACAUAUGCAGCCAUUGAGAAAGAAUGGAAUAGAAAGGUUGCAGUUGGACAAGCCAAGCAAGCUGAGAUGAUGAUAGAGGAAAACAAACCCAUGAAGGAUGCAGCCAUGACAAACCAAGAAGAUGUUGAAACAACAUGUAUGAAGCUUGAUCUGAUUUUAGUGGAAGAUGAUAUUGAAUUGGUGACAAAAACUAAUUUGCUUAAGGUCAAGGAUGAAUUGAUUUUGGAGGAUCAAAGUUGGUCUCAAAGGUAUGAUCCUAACAAGGAAGCAAGGUUGAAAGAAGAGCAGAAGAUGGGAAAAGUGAGGACCAAAGGUGAAGAGAUCAUAUCUACACCAAAAGGGAGAAAGAGUAAGGAAGGAGUAUACGUAGUUCUUGUUGAGAUUGUAAACAAGGGCAAACCAAAGGUCAAGAUGAAACCCAAGGUGAAAAGGCAAAUCAUAGAAAGAAUCAAGGAGGGCAUUCAGAAGUAG